AUGGCGGGGGUACCUUUUCAGAUUCCUGGCCUGGGCGAGGCGAAACCGAACGAGCAACUGCCUGUCGAAAACUUCGCUCCCGAUCUCAUCGCCGCCGCCGCAAGUAUAAUGGGGGAGGAUACGGUUGCUCAGGGAGCUACUAACGGGGAUGCGGAGUGGGAGAAAAAAGAGCAAGAAGAGAAGCAAGAAAAGGUGGCGACAGAAACAAGCACAGCGACUGAUAAGAUGGUUGAUGGCAUGGAACUCGACACAGGCGACACGAACGCGAUGUCUGCCCACCCAGAGACGAAAGGAGAUAUCCAGAUGCCCGACCAAGAACCAAAGGUGGUGGAAGCCCCAGUGCCCGAUGUCGACAUGAAGACGGGUGACGAUGCGCCCAGUCCGGAUGUUACGCAUGCACUCGAGGCCGCGCUUGACGGUAUGAUGUCGCACAUCACGGAGCCCCCCCAACCGACCCAGAAUGAGGAGGAAGGCAACACGGCGCAACAACAGAGCGCGACAGGUGCGCAACAAGAGGGGGAGCAGCCGGAAUGGGAGGCUGAUUCAUCGCCGUACGAGUCGUCUUCGGAGUCUUCCAGCUCGGAGAGCGACUCGGAUGACGAUUCAGAAGACGGGGGCGACUACCCCCUGCUUGGCAUUGAAGAGACAGCGCGUCUUCUGAUGGCUGAAGAUGGUGAUGGAGACGGCGACGGUAACGGCAAAUCCAAAGGUACCGGGGCAGCUCUCCGGACCAAAAACGAGGUAGCCGAAGCCGUUAUUCCCAAGCCCGACGUCAACAUCACACCAGAGAUGAAGAUUGAGCGCCUGGGAAAUAUCGAGUUUAUCGUCGAGACCACCGUUGUCAUCAAAUCGCAAACGCCAGGAGAGGUGCAGGUGCUAGAUUCGGGAUCUGUGCUCUGCAAGGAAGACCGGACAGUCAUUGGCGCGCUGGCCGAAGUCUUGGGGAAUGUCCGGAGCCCCAUGUACACGGUCGGGUUCUCGACCGAGGACGAGAUCAAGAGCCUCGAGUUGGCCACCGGGAUGCCGAUUUACUAUUCGGUCCAGCACGCAAACUACGUCUUCACACAGCCGUUGAAGGAAGCCAAGGGCACCGAUGCCAGCAAUCUUCACGACGAGGAGCUGCCUGCCGAGGAAAUGGAGUUCUCUGACGAUGAAAAGGAAGCCGAGUACAAGAGAGCGCAGAAGCAAAAACGGCGAGGAGGUAAGGCGGGCCGCGGCGGGCGGGACCAGAGCAAUGCGGCUGGCCAUGCCCUGCCUCCUAAUCCGGCAGCUGGUUCCGGCCUCAACUACGACGAGGACGAAGAUGGCCCGUACAAGCCUCUGACCCGACCUGCUGGGUAUGGCCAAGGCGGGCCACCGUCCCUUCCCGCCUUGCCCCCGAAGCCCGAGGGCGGGUUCAGUCCGCCACGUGGCGGUCGUGGCCAAGGUCACCGCGGAACGCACCGCGGAGGGCGCGGCGAUUUCCGUGGGCGCAGUCAGCGCGGCGGUGGCCAUCGGGGUGGCGACCGGAGACACAGCUCACGGGGGAGCAGCGGCGGUUCGUAUCAACAGUAUGGCCGGGACGGCGCCUCCUCACCCCAGACGGCUUUUUCUAACGCCCCGCCACCUCCUCUCCAAAACCCUCAUCUACCCCCUCCCCCCUUCGGCGCAAAGCCUCCGGCACCCGCAGCGCAAUGGCCGGCGCCUCAUGUCCCCUAUGUGCCCCCUUCCGUCGCGGCAUACUCGCCGCCUGCCCAACCACAGAUCCCUCUCCCGCAUCAUCAACCCCCCGCAGGCAAUUUCAACUUCAACUAUCAGGCCUGGAACCAAAACCAGGGCCAGCAAUACCAAUACCCUCAAACGACUCCCCACCAACAGUCACCCCCUCCCCAGCAGCCGGCACAUGCAACUACUUAUGCGCAGCCUUUUGUUCCCCCCCAAACCCCGGCAUGGCCGGUACCUGGCGCUGCGCCGCAGGCACCUCCCGCGGCGGGCGCAUACAACGCAGCAUACUUUGGCGGAUACCAGCAGCCGCAACAAGGGCAACCAGGGCAGCAAGGGCAGCAGUACUGGCCUCAGCAGCCGCACGGUGCUUAUGGCCAGGGGCCAAGCCAGUAA